GGGCCGUGACGUCAGCGCGGGGGGGCGUGGCCCCGCCGUAUAAAGCGGCGCGGCCGCCGCGAGCCCGUUCAUUCAUAAAACCGGACACCGGCGGCGGCACCGGCGCCCGGCCGAGGGGAUCGAGCGCGGCUCGGCGCGGAUUUACCGGCGCUCGUGGCGGGAACGGGGAUUCAUUCUGUACCGGGACAGCUCUGGGGGGUUUGGUACCGGAGCGAGCGGAGCCGGUCACGGAUGGAGCGGGGAGCGUGAGGGGGGUUUGGAACGGAGCGCCGGAGAGCGGAACGGACGGUACCGGAGAUCGGCACGGACGCUACCGGAGCUUUUAGCGGACAACCGGAGCUGGACGCGAACGGUACCGAGCUUAUAGCGGAUAACCGGAGCUUUUAGCGGACAACCGGAGCUGGGGACGGACGAUACCGGAGCUUUUAGCGGACAACCGGAGCUCGGGACGGACGCUACCGGAGCUUUUAGCGGAUAACCGGACGCACCGGAGCUCGGUACCGGCGAACCGGAGCUUGUAGCGGACGGUACCGGAGCUUUUAUCGCAUUACCGGACACACCGGCGCUCGGUACCGGAGCUUUUAGCGCACAGCCGGAGCGCGGCACGGACGCAGCGGAGCUCACAGCCGCUCAACCGGGGCACGCCGGACACUCACCGGAGCCUGACCGGCGCACCGACCCGAGCCGCCCCGUGAUGCCGCCGGCGCUAACGGCGUGACCCCGCAGCUUUGUGGCGGCGCGGCGGCCCCCGCGGCCCCGGGGCCAUGUUCCAGGGGUUCCCCGGGGAUUACGACUCGGGCUCCCGGUGCAGCUCGUCGCCCUCGGCCGAGUCCCAGUACCUGUCGCCGCUCGACUCCUUCGGGAGCCCGGCCGCCGCCGGGGCCGCGCAGGAGUGCAGCGCCCUGGGGGACAUGCCCGGCUCCUUCGUGCCCACGGUCACGGCCAUCACCACCAGCCAGGACCUGCAGUGGCUGGUGCAGCCCACGCUCAUCUCCUCGGUGGCCCCGGGGGCCGCCAUGGCGCAGCCGCCCCCGCCGCCCCCGGCCCUGGACCCCUACGAGCUGCCCGGGCCGAGCUACGGCGGCCCCGGCCUGGGCGGCGGCGGCUUCGGGGCGGCACCGGGAGCGGCACCGGCACCGGCACCGGCACCGGGAGGCAGAGCCCCGAGGGCACGGGCGCGGCGGGGCCGCGAGGAGACGCUGACCCCCGAGGAGGAGGAGAAGCGCCGCGUGCGGCGGGAGCGGAACAAACUGGCGGCGGCCAAAUGUCGCAACCGGCGCCGCGAGCUGACGGACCGGCUGCAGGCGGAGACGGACCAGCUGGAGGAGGAGAAGGCCGAGCUGGAGUCGGAGAUCGCCGAGCUGCGCAAGGAGAAGGAGCGCCUGGAGUUCGUGCUGGUGGCGCACGCCCCGGCCUGCAAGGUCCCCUUCGAGGACGUCGGCGCCGCCGCGGCCGCCGUGGCCGUGAGCAGCCCCGGCGAGGCCCCGCUGUCGCCGCCGCCGCCGCCGCCGCCGCCGCUGCCGUGGUUCCUCGCGCCGCAGGGCCCCGUGCCCGGCGCCCGCUGCUGGGGAGCCCCUAACGCGGCGCCCCCCGCGUUUGUGUCCCCCCACCCAGAGGGAAACUCCUCCUCAUCGUCCUCGUCAUCCUCAUCCUCCUCCUCAUCCUCCCCGCGCGGAGCCUGGCGCCAGCGGCGGAGCGGCGGCAACGGCGGCGACCACCGGGGCUCCUCCUCCUCCUCCUCCUCCUCGGACUGCCUGAGCUCCCCCUCGCUGCUCGCGUUGUGAACGGGGCGGGCGGCGCUCGGUCGCCUCCGUGCGUCCCCUUUGUCGCCUCCAGGUGUCACUUUGUCACCUCCAGGUGUCACUUUGUCCCCUCCAGGUGACACCUCCGCGUCACCCCCGCCCCGCCCGCCCGCCACCGGGCUUCGUCCUCCUCGGACCGCCCGAGCUGCCCCGAGCUCCUCGCGUUGUGAACGGGGAGAGGCGGCGCUUUGUCGCCUCCGUGUCCCCUUUGUCACCUCCAGGUGUCGCCUCCACCCUCUCCAGGUGGCGCUCGGUCACCUCCGUGUCCCCUUUGUCACCUCCGGGUGUCACCUUGUCACCUUCGCGGGGCUCCUCCUCCUCCUCCUCGGAACACCUGAGCUCCCCCUCGCGUUGUGAACGGGACAGGUGGCGCUUGGUCACCUCUGUGUCCCCUUUGUCACCUCCAGGUGACACCUCCAGGUCACCUCCACCUGUGCUGUUUUUUUUGGUGGCUUGUUUGUUUGUUUGUUUGUUUGUUUUCCACCCCCGGUUUUGGUGGGAUUUUUUGUUUUUUUGGGGUUUUUUUUUUUUUUUCCCCGGUUCUGGUGGGAUUCGUUAUUUUUCGCAUAUUUUUUCCCCCUGAAUUUUUUUUUUUUUUUUUUUUUUUUUUUGGGGGGGGGGGUUGGUUUUUUUUUUUUUUUGGCGCCGUUUUUGGCCGAUCCUGGUUCUUGUCACCCUCCUGGCGGGGUCGCUCCGGGAUUCUUUGUCCCUUCUGGAGAUGUCCCCACCCCGUUCAGCGCCUUCUCGUGGCGUCCCUGUCCCCUCGGAGGUGCCUGGAGAUGCCACCACCCUAUUCCCACCGCCCGCAGGAGCUUCCGUGUCACCCCCGAGGUGACCGCGAGGGUCCCUCCAGGACCUCUGUCCCCCCGGAGAUGUCCCAGCCCGUCCCUGGUGGCACCCGAGGUGUCCCCGAGCCCUCGCUGAGGGUCCCCAGGAGGGUCCCGGUGCCAUCUCCGCCCCUUUGGAGAUGCCACCACCGCGUGUCCCCGUGCCCGCCCCCAGAAGGUCCCCGUGUCAUUUCUGUCCCCCUGGAGCUGGCCCGUGUGCCCCCCCCGAGGGGCUCCAGGGGCCACCGCCGCCCUCUCCAGGUGUCACUUUGUCACCUGCACGUCCCCUGAGGGCCGCCAGGUGUCCCCUCCAGGUGCCACCAACCAGGUCGCCUCCAACUCUGUCACCUCCGCGUCCCGUCCAGGGGGUCCCCCCGCACCUCCAGGUGCCGCCUCCAGGUGUGUCCCACCUGUCCCCUCCCGUGUCCCCGCCCCCCGCUUGGCCUUGGCUCCGCCCCCUUC